AUGGAUCGAGAUAACACCAACAUGGAGAAAGACAUGGAAAAGGACCUAGAAAAGGUCAAGGAGGAUCUCCUCGAUCCAGCGAAGCUACAAGACCCUUUCGCUGCUGGAGAAGUCGCAGGUGGAGUGCGUUAUAGGAGUAUGAAGUGGUGGAAUUGUGCAAUUCUGAUGAUUGCCCAGUCCGUCUCAUUGGGAGUCUUGUCCCUCCCGUCAUCAAUGGCAGUCUUGGGUUUAGUCCCUGGCUGUAUCAUCAUUGUUGGUAUCGGAGCUUUGACGACUUAUACUGGAUACGUCGUUGGACAGUUCAAAUUGCGAUACCCUCAAGUCCAUAACAUGGCAGAUGCCGCAGAGAUCUUAUUCGGCGCUUGGGGUCGCGAGAUCACCUCAGUCGCCCAGGUUAUCUGUUUCAUUUUCCUGAUGGGCGCUCACAUCCUCACAUUUUCCAUCAUGAUGAACACUCUCUCUAACCACGGUGCUUGUACCAUCAUUUUCUGCUUGGUUGGAGCCAUCCUCUGCUUUGUCCUGACACUCUCAAGACGCCUAGAGGAAGUUUCAUACCUAGGCAUAAUUUCCUCACUAUCAAUCUUCACAGCAGUGAUGAUCAUCAUGAUCGCUAUUGGAAUCGAACGUCCCGAUCCCAGAACGUACGCUAUAACCAACCCGACUCUGAUGGACGGUUUCUCUGCGACUCUCAACAUCGUCCUCGCUUAUUCCGGCCACAUGUCCUUCUUCAGCUUCCAGUCGGAGCUAGCAGAUCCACAUGACUAUCCCAAGGCUCUGAUGGUCUUCCAAGCCACAGAUACAUCGCUGUACCUCGUCACUGCCCUUGUGAUCUACCGAUAUGCCGGACCGAACGUCCUCAGUCCCGCCCUGCUCAGCGCAAGCGAAGUCGUCUCCAAAGUCGCAUUCGGUAUCUCCAUCGGCACGAUCGUUAUCGCGGGAGUGGUCAUCUGCCACGUCGGCGCUAAAUGCAUUUACGUGCGUUUGUACAGGGGCACGACUAAGAUGACCGAGAGGUCUUUCCGUUCGUACGGCACUUGGGUGCUGAUCACGUUCGUGAUGUGGGCUAUUGCGUGGUUGAUUGCCAAUGCGAUCCCUGUGUUCAAUGAUCUACUCAAUAUGAUUGCAGCGGCAUUCUGCAGUUGGUUUUCGUUUGGUCUCGAGGGUCUGUUUUGGUUGAAGAUGAAUCGUGGACAGUACUCUGCCAGCAAGCGGAAGAUGGCCUUGACUGCACUCAACAUCUUCCUUGUUCUGCUGUGUUGUCUGAUUUGUGGAAUGGGCCUUUGGGCUACGGGAACUAGCAUUCGCAUCAAUGCGCAACAUGCCCACAAGGCUUUCUCCUGCGCAUCCAACGCCUAA